AGCGGGCCGGCGGGCGGACCGGGCCGGGGCUGGAGAAGUUUGCGCGGCGGCUCGAGAGCGCAGGGUGCUGGCCCCGCCGGCCGCUGCGCGCCCGCUGCCAUGGCUUUCCGCAGGAGGACGAAAAGUUACCCGCUCUUCAGCCAGGAGUUCGUCAUCCACAACCAUGCGGACAUCGGCUUCUGCUUGGUGCUCUGCGUCCUCAUCGGGCUUAUGUUCGAGGUCACCGCCAAGACUGCCUUCCUAUUUAUUUUACCUCAGUAUAACGUUAGCGUGCCUACAGCAGAUAGUGAGACCGUGCACUACCACUAUGGGCCCAAGGACCUGGUCACCAUCUUGUUCUACGUCUUCAUCACCAUCAUCCUGCAUGCUGUGGUUCAGGAGUACAUUUUAGACAAAAUCAGCAAACGGCUUCACCUCUCCAAGGUCAAACACAGCAAGUUCAACGAAUCUGGGCAGCUGGUCAUCUUUCAUCUCAGCUCGGUGGUAUGGUGCUUCUACGUGGUGGUGACGGAAGGAUAUUUAACAAACCCAAGAAGCCUCUGGGAAGACUACCCACACGUGUGCCUCCCCUUCCAGGUGAAGUUUUUCUACCUGUGUCAGCUGGCCUACUGGCUGCACGCACUUCCUGAGCUGUACUUCCAGAAGGUACGGAAGGAGGAAAUCCCCCGUCAGCUGCAGUACAUUUGUCUGUACUUGGCCCACAUAGCCGGAGCAUACCUCUUAAACCUGAGCCGCCUGGGCCUCAUCUUGCUGCUGCUGCAGUACUGCACCGAGUCCCUCUUCCACAUGGCUCGACUCUUCCACUUCGCAGACGAGAACAACGAGAAGCUGUUUAAUGCCUGGGCUGCUGUAUUUGGGGUCACCCGCCUCUUCAUCCUCACCCUCGCCGUGCUGGCCAUCGGCUUUGGACUUGCUCGCAUGGAAAACCAGGCCUUUGACCCCGAGAAAGGGAACUUCAACACCUUACUUUGCAGGCUCUGCGUGCUGCUGCUGGUGUGCGCCGCCCAGGCCUGGCUCAUGUGGCGCUUCAUCCACUCCCAGCUGCGGCACUGGCGGGAGUACUGGAACGAGCAGAGUGCCAAGCGGAGAGUCCCAGCUGCCCCCAGACUGCCAGCCAGGCUCAUCAAGAGGGAGUCUGGUUACCAUGAAAACGGAGUGGUGAAAGCAGAAAAUGGCACCUCCCCACGGACUAAGAAACUCAAGUCUCCUUGAGGCCAAAGUGCUGGAACAGGGAUCCUCUUGUGGGGGCCCAGCAGGGAGGUGGGGAGCCCGGCCCCCACCACUGCCUUCCCCCCUCCUAGUCCUGUUGCUGCCUCUCAAGCAGCAGGAACCUGUCUCCAAACGGGGCUUUUCCUCUUUCUUAUUUCUUGGCUUUCUCUUCUUACUCUUCCAUAAACCAUUCUCAAUAAAACCAAAACUCUUCUUCUUUCUCUCCCUCAAGCCACCUCAUGUCCUCACCUCUGUGCUGUGUUGGGUUUCUAGAAGCCCAGGCUCUCAUGGUUCUGUGUUGGCUGGCCUCCUCUUUCUCUUCCUUCAUGGCUGCUUCCUUUGACUUUUCACCAUAUUGUGCAAUUUUUCUCUGUCUGAUUUUUACAACGAGAGGGAGCUCAAAUUGCAGUCCUGGCCAUCCGACACCCAGCAUCAGUCCCCAGGACCUGUCAGAGUCAGAAGCCUCGUGCCCCAGAGCCUCUGCCCAGGGCCGCUUGCAGGCCCCUGGGGGCCCCCGUGUUUGGGCAAGGAGAGGAGAGACCAGUCCUCUUGGAUCAUCAUCUCCAGGUGCUGAUUAACUGAGAUGUAUGAUUCCAGUUGCGCACGCACCAUCCGGAGGCCCGGCAGCACCACUGCUACUCGGAAAUGCCACGGUGUUUGGCUGUGGGGCACGGCGACCCGGGCCAGAAAGGUGGUGGUAACUGUGUUGGGUCCCGUGACUCAAGACCGCUUCCCGGUGGCCGGUCCCAGACGGAGGCCAGUCGGCCCUCGCUCUGCCGGGGAGGUGCUGAAGGAGGACAAGUCUUCCCACCCACUAGAGCAAGAACAAAGCAUACAGAGAAGGUAACGGUGGCAGAGAUGAUGGAGUGGGAGCCCUAGGCCGUUCUUCAGCCCCAGCCCCAGCCCCAGCCCCAGCUGCUUUUUCAACCGUUCACCAGCAUUCAAAACCCCACCCAACCACAGUUACCAGAGCGGCCCGGCGGAUGCUGGUCCCAAAGCCCAGAGCCAGGUGGCCCGGUGAGGGGCUGGCCUCGCUGCCUGACUUGGUCUCUCCUGCUGCAGGAACACCAAGGCCCCCACUGGCCCCCUGGUGCCGCAGGGAGGUCGCCGGGCUGCUCACCCUCUGGCUCAUCUGUUGAGUGUCUUUGGGCUGGUCGUCGUCAUCCCGUGAUAAUUUGAGCACACCUGCAACAUUUUAGACUGUACGAAAGUGGGACUCAGAAUGAUCUGCAGGGUAGAUGAGCAGACACCUGUGCCAAGGGGAGGCUUCCGCC